CCUCUUCCUGGUUACGGCGGCGGAGGUUUCUGAGGCGGCUUCCCACAUUCACCCGCCGGGAAUGGGAAUCUCCAAUCCUGCUCUUGGCCGCUGAGGGCUGGAAGUUCGGGAGCGCCCCGUGAUCCCAGAGAGCCGGGCCCGGCCGGACGUUUGGCGUGUCCCCGUCCUCUCCGGGGCGGCGGGUCUCCGAACCCCCGGGGCUCCGUCCCCUGGCGCCGAGGACCGCGGGGGAGACGAUGGAGGAGCUGCGGCGCUCGUACGCGCGGCUCUGUGAGGAGAGCGGGGCCGAGCCCCAGGAGGCCGUCCUCGACCGGCUGGACCAUCGGCGCGGCCGGCUCAACCUGGCCGCCCAGAGCCUGUCCGCGGCCACCUGCGAGGCCCUGGGGACGCUCCUGCGGCACGAGGUCCGGAUUGCCGAGAUCUCGCUGAGCGACUGCAUGCUGAGCGAAGAGGGGGCGAAGCUGCUACUCCACGGACUUUGCUCCAACACGGCGGUCCGGUCUCUGGAUUUGAAGGGCAACAACCUGCGGGCCGUGGGAGCCGAGGCCCUGGGCAAACUCCUCCGACAGAACAAGGCCAUCCAGAGCCUGACUCUAGAAUGGAACAACCUGGGGACGUGGGAAGAAGGUUUCUCGGCGUUUUGCGGGGGCCUGGGGGCCAACCAGGCCCUGCAGCGGCUGGACCUCCGAAAUAACCAGAUCGACCACAGAGGAGCAGAAGCCCUGGCCGCGGCCCUCAGAGCCAACUCCCGCCUGCAGGAGCUCGAUCUGCGCUGGAACAACAUGGGCCUCCUGGGAGGGCGGGCACUGGCUCGCGGCCUGCCCGCCAACCGGACGCUGCGCCGGCUGGAGCUCGCCGGAAACAACAUCCCCGGCGACGUCCUGGCAACCCUGGAACAGGCCACCGGGCACAAUGAGGACCGGCUGGGGGCCUUGCGUGAGAAGCAGAUUCGCACCCGGGUCCUCAGCAGAGAGGUGCGCAGCCUCAAGGAGGAGAAAGCCAAGCAGUUCCUGGACUUGAUGGAGACGAUUGACAAGCAAAGGGAUGAACUAGGCCGAAGCAACAGGUCCUGGGCAGGGCGUGUGGACCAGCUCCAGGAGGCCCUGGACGAGCGACACUCCAUCACCAACUCUCUCAAGGCCAAGUUGCGGAUGACCGAGGCCGCCCUGACCCUGUCGGAGCAGAAGCUGCGGGACUUGGGGGACUUACUGAGCGCCUCCGAGCGGGACCAGGCGAGCCUCUCGGAGCGGCACUCCCAGGAGCUGAAGCUGGAGCGGCAGGGGGCGGCCGAGCGGGAAUCAGGACUCCUCCAGGAUUUGGCAGCGGCAGCUGAAAAAAAUCUGCUUCUCAGGAACCAGGUGGACGAGCUGGAGGGACGGAGCAAAGCCCAGCAGGAACUGCUGUUCCAGACCAAAGAGGAACUGACCCACACCACGGCCAACCUGAAGCUUCGGCUGGCCCAGGCCCAAGAGCACCUGGAAGCAGAGAAGAAGAGAUUCAAGCAGGGCCUGGAGGAGGCGGAGAACUUGAGGCUGAAGGAGGUGGCUCAAGUGACCCGUCACACGGAGGAGGCCGAGCGGGCCCUGCAGGAGAGGGUCCAGAGGCUGGAGGCCGUGAGGAUCUCCCUGGAGGAGGAGCUGAGUGUCGCCAAAGCAGCGCUGAUGUCCGAGAGGGGCCGGGCGGAGGAGGAGCUGGUGAAGGCCAGAAACCAAGCCCGUCUGGAGGAGCAACAGCGACUGGCUCACCUGGAGGAGAAGGUGCGGCUCCUGGGCGAGGCCCGGGAUCAGGCCCAGGCCUGCUGCCUCCAACAGAAGCAGGCUGUGGACCAGGCCCAGGCCCAGGCCCGCCACCUCAGCCUGCAGGAGGACAGCUGGAGACGUCAGCUCAACCUGCUGCAGCAGGAGCUGAGCGACAAGGAGCGGGAGAAGGUGGCCGAGGUGAACCAGGUGCGAGUCGCGCUGCAGGAGCAGAUGGGGCACCUGGAGGCCGAGCGGGCGGCGCAGGAAGGGUUGAAGGAGAAGAUCGCUGCUCUGGAGAGGCAGCUGAAAGUGAUGUCAAACAGCCACCGCGAAGCACUGCUGGACAGAGAGAGCGAGAGCGUGUCCCUCCGGGAGAAACUCCGGCUGAAGGAGGCCGAGUUCUCCCGGCUGCGGGAAGAGGAGGCCCAGAGAGCCAGCCUCCUGCACACCGCCGUCAUGGCUUACGUGCAGGGGUCUCCCCUCGGGACCCUCGGCCUCCGAAAAUGACGGGGUCCCAGCAGGAGAGAGGGAGCCCCGGGGAGAACGGGGCGGGAGGCGGAGGCGGCCCGCUCUCCUCCCCAGAGCAUCUCGUCCCCUUGCUGACGA